UGAGCAGCGAGGAUCACUAUUUGGCAAGACCAUUGAUUUGCAUCGUCGUCACUUGCAAAGAUGCCCUCGCCGAGGACGCUCACCGUCAUGGCGCUCUCCUUCGCCCUCGGAUUCUUCUUCCUCUUCAUGGGAACCAUCAAACUCACGCCCAGGCUCAGCAAGGACGCCUACAGCGAGAUGAAAAGGGCAUACAAAAGCUACGCCAAGGCCCUGCCAGGCCUGAAGAAGAUGGGCAUCAGCUCCGUGCUGCUGCGAAAGAUCAUGGGCUCCCUGGAGGUGGGCUGCGGCGUGGUUCUCACCCUGGUGCCGGGCAGACCCAAGGACGUGGCCAACUUCCUGCUGCUGCUGGUCAUGCUGGCCGUGCUCUUCUUCCACCAGCUGGUGGGCGACCCCCUCAAGCGCUACGCCCACGCCCUGGUCUUCGGCAUCCUGCUCACCUGCCGCCUGCUCAUCGCUCGCCAAAGCGAGGAGCGGGAGGAGAGCCGGGAGGAGCAGCAUCAGCAGCAUCAGCAGCACGUCAACGACCAGGAGAAGAACAAAGUCAAGCAGUCUUAGGGGAGGAAACUUGGAACUGGUGACCACUGGUCCUCAACAUGACUGACAACAAUUAUACCUGCCCACUCAUUCCAUUGUCUAAACCAUCUCGGCUCUAAAUGGUCUUCAACUUUAUAGUGUCUUCAACCUGCCCACUAAUUCCAUUGUCCAAACCAUCUACAUCUAAAUGGUCUUCAACUUCAACUUUAUAAUGUCUUCAACCUGCCCACUCAUUCCAUUGUCCAAACCAUCCAUCCAUCCAUCCAUCUUCUUCCGCUUAUCCGAGGUCGGGUCGCGGGGGCAGCAGCAUUAAGCAGGGAAGCCCAGACUUCCUCUCCCCAGCCACUUCGUCCAGCUCUUCCUGUGGGACCCCGAGGCGUUCCCAGGCCAGCCGGGAGACAUAGUCUUCCCAACGUGUCCUGGGUCUUCCCCGUGGCCUCCUACCGGUCGGACGUGCCCGAAACACCUUCCUAGGGAGGCGUUCGGGUGGCAUCCUGACCAGAUGCCCGAACCACCUCAUCUGGCUCCUCUCGAUGUGGAGGAGCAGCGGCUUUACUUUGAGCUCCCCCCGAAUGACAGAGCUUCUCACCCUAUCUCUAAGGGAGAGCCCCGCCACUCGGCGGAGGAAACUCAUUUCGGCCGCUUGUACCCGUGAUCUUGUCCUUUCGGUCAUGACCCAAAGCUCAUGACCAUAGGUGAGGAUGGGAACGUAGAUCGACCGGUAAAUCGAGAGCUUUGCCUUCCGGCUCAGCUCCUUCUUCACCACAACGGAUCGAUACAGCGUCCGCAUUACUGAAGACGCCGCACCGAUCCGCCUGUCGAUCUCACGAUCCACUCUUCCCCCACUCGUGAACAAGACUCCGAGGUACUUGAACUCCUCCACUUGGGGCAAGAUCUCGGCUCUAAAUGGUCUUCAACUUUAUAGUGUCUUCAACCUGCCCACUAAUUCCAUUGUCCAAACCAUCUACAUCUAAAUGGUCUUCAACUUCAUAAUGUCUUCAACCUGCCCACUCAUUCCAUUGUCCAAACCAUCUACAUCUAAAUGGUCUUCAACUUCAAAAUGUCUUCAACCUGCCCACUCAUUCCAUUGUCCAAACCAUCUACAUCUAAAUGGUCUUCAACUUUAUAAUGUCUUCAACCUGCCCACUCAUUCCAUUGUCCAAACCAUCUACAUCUAAAUGGUCUUCAAAUGUAUAGUGUCUUCAACCUGCCCACUCAUUCCAUUUCCCCAAACCAUCUCGGCUCUAAAUGGUCUUCAACUUUAUAAUGUCUUUAACCUGCCCACUCAUUCCAUUGUCCAAACCAUCUACAUCUAAAUGGUCUUCAACUUUAUAAUGUCUUUAACCUGCCCACUCAUUCCAUUGUCCAAACCAUCUACAUCUAAAUGGUCUUCAACUUUAUAAUGUCUUCAACCUGCCCACUCAUUCCAUUGUCCAAACCAUCUACAUCUAAAUGGUCUUCAACUUUAUAAUGUCUUCAACCUGCCCACUCAUUCCAUUGUCCAAACCAUCUACAUCUAAAUGAUCUUCAACUUUAUAAUGUCUUGAAAAGGCUGACUGAAGUCUUCAAAGUGAAACAAUUAGCGCAUGUUUUGAAGUGAAGAUGAUGACAAAUCAGACAUAUCAUCAGAUGCAAUACCACAGGACUACUUUACAACAUGUGUUCCCUCCUUUUGAGUGUUUGCAGAAUUGUGCAUGAACGUGGUCUCCUCCUAAUGCUAGUAAUGUGAUGCAACAUAGUUCCACUGCUAUGUCUCCUCCUAAUGUGGUGCAACAUAGUUCCACUGCUGUGUCUUUGUCCUCAGAUGGUCUCUUCAAGGUUCCCUGGAGGACCAGCCUUCUGUUCUUCUCUUUCUGUAAAUGCUCAAAGUAAAAACCCUGAUUGAA